CGUCCCCGAAGGAACGGAACUUUGCCUUCCGCCCGCGACUGGGGCGCUUUUCACUGUAGCGUCACUUCCUGUCUCUGCCGGAAAGAGCUGAAAAAGGAACCGAAUUUGAAUCCGGUAAUCAAGCGAGGCUUGGGAGCUUCACAGUGCUAAGUGGGGUUGAGCCUGGAAUCGAUUCUUACGUGCUGCUGUUUGGGACACGAGGGAGUUUGGCUUGUGGUUACUGCGAGGAGGAGCAGCCUCUGCCUUGCGUAGCUGCUUAACAGGUCGAUAUCAGCACGCGAAGUUCUGCCUGGGAUAAGGGUGUAAAGAUGGGAAAUGCUUGACUUCUUCGUAUGCAAGUUUUAAGGUACACCUCACAUUGAAAAGGAUGCCUAUUCGUGCCCACUGUACCAUUUGUUCUGACUUUUUUGACAAUGAGAGGGAUGUGGCUGCUAUUCACUGUGGGCACACUUUUCACCAUUUGUGCCUCAUCCAGUGGUUUGACACUGCCCCAAGUCGGACAUGCCCACAGUGCAGAAUUCAGGUUAGCAAAAGACAUAUAAUCAACAAACUCUUCUUUGAUGUUGCCCUGGAGGAGCAGUCAAGCCUGGAUGCAGAAAGUCUACAGAAUGAAUUGGACAGGGUGAAAGCCCAGCUAACUUUGAAAGAAAAAGAGCAACGGGAUUGCCAGUCUGUUGUGGACUCACUGAGGGAAACUCUGGAUGUUCGGAAUGCCACCAUUGAAUCUCUUCAGAAAGCUGCAUCUGACAUGGAGAUGUUGUGUUCUACUCUCAAAAAACAGAUGAAAUAUCUGGAUCAUCAGCAAGAGGAAGCUAAGAGUGCAAAAGAAGAAGCCCGAAAACUGCGAAAUAAACUGAAAACUCUGGAGAGGAUUGAGCUGUUACUGCAUGGCCAGCGUCCAGAAGUGGAAGAUAUGAUUCGUGAUAUGGGAGCAGGGCAGGCGGCAGUGGAGCAGCUUGCAGUCUAUUGUAUUUCACUGAAAAAGGAAUAUGAGAACCUGAAGGAGUCUCGAAAAGCAUCAAAUGAGAAAAUGGAGAAGUUGAGAAAGGAGUUGCUUUCUUCAAACCACAAGAUACAGAAAACUGUUCUGGAAUUACAGAAAACAAAUGAAGAAUUGAAAAGUUCCCAGACAGAUCUGAGAAAUGCAGAUAAAGAGAUCAUGAGUCUGAAGAAGAAGAUCGAAAUCCUGCAGGAUACCCUGAAAGUACCAUCUGUAACCAGGGAAGCACUCAGUCGGCUUGUUUCUGAAAGCCCCACUCCCGUGGAACUGCUCAGUCCAAAGCUCCAUCGGCCAGCUCACAGUGAUGACAUUGAUCUGAAUACCACUUUUGAUGUGGAGACACCAAAGCACCAACCUCAGAAGAUAGCCCCUGUGCCAGCCAAGAAAUUCAGACUGGAUAAAAAGUCGGCCUCUGUGACAAAUCUAUCAAGAGUUCUGAAAGCAACAGUAGAGAGCUCUUCCGCUGAUGCAGAAGGUGAACAUCUAGAAGACUUUCUUCCUGCUUUCAUCAGAAAUUCGGUCCUGCCCAAGAGACCACCUGGGAGCAGCCAGCUGAUGCCACACAGGAACAUAGGAAUUGUGAGAAUGGGCUAUGAUGGCCUAGGAGGCAGAACCAAAUUCAUACAGCCUAGUAUCCCUGCAGACAUUCGCCCCCUGCCUGUGAAGGGCAAGAAAAAGAAUGUUUCUAAGCAAACAAUAGCAGCAGCUUCUGCUUCUGGCAUCAAUCAGGCUAAACUAGACUGUUUCUUUAAGUAACCAUGGAUUUCUUUAGCUGAAACAGCAUCAGAGACCUGGAAUCAUCUGGAACAGCAGACGAGCAUCAUGGUGACCACUGUGCAGUGGACAGAACCCAGGAGAGGUUGAGGACUACUAUGCUCCCCAGCUUUGGGUUCACAUGGCAUUUUUUUCCUGCAAAUUGAGCAUAGAAGAGCUGUCCUCCUAUGCCGCUCACACUUAUAAGGAAAAGACUAGACAAAUUCAGUUCCAGGAUUUCUUGGGCCUUUGAAGAUGAACCAUAGGAAUGCAGCUCAGAUAACUCGGACAGCAGUGUUAAGCUACAGAAGCACACAGAUGCCAUCAGCCACAUCUAUGCCAUGGAAUGCACUUCAAACUCUAUAACAGGGAGAAAAUUCUGCUGGCAGCUAUCAAACUGUGCGGGUCUUUGAGUGACCUGAGAAAAGGCUCAAGACAAGCACUUGGGUAGUUCUUUUUCUAACACUACAAGUGCAAGAUUAUGCCUUCUGCCAAAAACCUUUCAUAUCUCUCUGAGCUGGUCAGUAGCCAAGAAAAUGAGAUUUGGGCUAUUCUGGAGGGAUUAUUUGAUUAGUAAUUUAUUUCUGCCUUCCUCUCACAGAUCUGGGGUUAGAAAUGCUGGUUCGUGCUUCAAAGUUUGUGCAUCAGUAGGUUGGAAUUCCUGCUCACAAAGUGAGACAAGUUUCAUUGCAGCAAAAUUCUUCUCUGGCUUGGAUGGGAAAUCUGAGCAGGAGAAAUACCCUGCACCGUCCUCUUCUCUUCUGCUCCAGCUAAUCCAUUGCCCUGAUGGGGUUUGGGGGGUGGCGGCAGCUGUGGCAAGAGGGGUGUCCUUUCAGUGUCCCCCCAGUCUUUUUAUUUCUGUCUCUUCACUUCCCCAGCCACUGCCACAAGGCACGGUUGAAUGAUGUCUCCUAAGAACAGGAGGGCAGGUAAGGUGAAACAGCAGGAAAAACAAUUGUAGAUGGAGGGACAUAGAACUCUGUGAUGCUCUGAAUGCAUCAAGAACUUUGAUUUCCUGCUCUGAUAAAAUGAGCUUUUGAACUAUUUAUCAUCAACAUUUUAUUUUCUUUUACUGAAAUUUAAGGAGAGCUGGGGAAGCUUGCCUAUCUCAGGGGUGGCCAGCCUAUGGCACUGCAGAUGUCCAUGGACUACAAUUCCCAAUUGGCCAUGCUGGUAGGGGCUGAUGGGAAUUGUAGUCCAUGCACAUCUGCAGUGCCAUAGGUUGGUCACCCCUGGCGUAUCUCAUCAACCUAUUUUAGUACUGACUGCCCUUUCUGCAAGUAAUUUAUAAUCUUUUUCACAAGGAAUUAUUUAACUGCUGAAGGAGCUCUUUGGACAUAAGGCUUCCAGUCAAGAAGUGAUAGUCUGCCCCUGUGGUAAAUAUAGAAGACAUCUCCAUUAUAUGUUGAAGUUUUUUGGUUAAAUUCAAACCUAUUCCAACCCUCAUGGGUACCUCAACUAUCUGGUUCUCCAGAUACACAGCAGCCUUUCUGUCCAUAUUUUUCCUCUCCUUAAAUUAACAGUGAGCUCUGGGUGUAGUUGAAGGUCAGAUUUCUUUUUAGCUUGUAACAUCCUAUUAUAUUGGUUUGUUUUCCAAUGGAUUCUUUUCCUGGAUUUCCUGCCUAUGGCACAGAACCGUGAAUGUAUAAACUACCAUUUUGCAGUUUAUUUGCUUCAUUGUCUUCAGAGAACAUAGAAAAACAUGCUCCACAAAUUUUUGUGCAGUUCCUGAGGGAUCCUCAAUCAGUAUUUUUCCUUUGUGAUAGAUUUGCAGGAGUUAGUGCUGUGUCUUUAAGCUACAGGAAAAUGGGUUCCUGGCUUAAUCUUUCCAUAGAAAUAUCAUUUGUAUGAAGCAAAUCUCCUUUGUGACAUUGGUCAGAUUCUCUUUCACUUGCCUUAAGUGAUUCUGGCAGAAGGCAGUACUGGCUUUAGACUUAACUUAAUUUUUCACAUCUUACAGGAAUUUUAUAAACCAACUCCAUUAUAGUCGGAGAGUCACUAUUUUUACAAUGAAAUGAAAAACUAGGCACAGAUCCAGCAAUCUUGUGUUUGGAAUUCCUAGCUGGACAUGCGUGCUCACACUAAAUAAAUAUUGCAGAAAAUGUGCCUCUUUGUUAAAUUGAAGAAAUGUAGACUUAAGCCUUUUGAGUCACUGCCACUGUAUGCCAUGGCUUUGCAAGCACAAAUGAUGAAAUAUACAUCAGCAUUUAUGACAAAAGACUGUAUAGCCUUCCUCCAAAUGAAAAUUUCUGAUAGACUGAGGAACUAAAAUUCUCUGGGAGCUGGAAAAGACCAAAUGCCACUAGACUAGAACAUUCCCUUUUCUUUUCAUCACCAUCCCUUGUAGAAAGAUCAGUCAGUCAAUUUAUCUUCUUCCCAAAGUGAUCAGGCACUGAAUGGACACCAAGCCUGUUUGGGUUGGGUCCUGAAGAUGAACUAGAGUUAGAUGUUAUCUACAAACUAGAGGCAACAAGGAGUGUACCUGUUUUUCAUCAAAUGAUCUUGUGUAUUCCUUGAAUAUGAGGGCUACCACAUACAGACCAGAACCCAUACCAAAAGUCUGGGUGGGGCAGACUGAAAAUUAGGUCUAUAAAAGUUAAUAGACCACAAAAAUCGUAUUAGUCUGCCCAUAUACCCAUAUCCAGCAAUUGGACAGUCUGCGGCACCCUGGUAGCCAAAAAUAAAUUUGUUUCCAGCUUACACUCUUUCCUGCCUAAUUAUUUAGUAGCAAUUCUCACUGUAUACUACCACGUGAAUAGCUGUUUACAUUAUCAUUAAUUCCUCUAAGGAACCUGUAGUAAUAUACAUGUAUGUUAUGCCAUUUUAGCAACACAGCAAUCCCUCUGAAGUAGCUGAAUGAUUGGAGGCAACCUGGUGAUCUCUAGCUUACUACUUGCCUGCCCACUGCUAGGUCUUCUCAGUUCCUUUGCACAUUAAGAUAUUGUUACAUCCAACAGGAAGAGGGAGAAAUGCUAAGUAGCCAGUUUUGAAACAUCCAUCCUGAGGAACAAUUAAGUUAUCCUAAAAAUACCCGUUAGUACCUAUUGUCCCAUCAAUACCUUUCAGUUAAGUAUUGUGUUCAGCAAAUACUAAUAGAUAGGUAAGAUGUACCUAUUCUUACUAAGUACUUUGUAGAGUCAUACAGGCGCAAUCAAUGUCAUAGCCAGGCUAAAAGGCCAUCUGGCAGGAAAAUAUAAGCAUAUGACUGUUGGAGAGAAGGUGACUUCUUCAAAAGAGAUUUAGAAACAGGAUAAUAUUGGGAACCCACCUUAAUAUUAUUUGCAAUUCCAAGCCAACCCCCCCCCCCCCCCGGAUAAUAUAUCAACAGUUGACAGAAACAAAUCAACUUUAUUAAUUUUCAUUACAAAAGUGGGCUUUGCAGGUCAUUGUCCAUAUGCUCCCAAGCAUACUUACCAGUGGGAAAGUGACAUAAUCAUGAUGAACUCCUUUCCCCUCCAAGGCCUCCUAUAAACCGGAGCUUAUAAUCUGGUUGUAGGGUGUGCUUAGAAACUGCAGUUAAAAUAGCAGGACCAUUGAGGUCUCUGCAGCCAUCAAUGUUACUGGUUAUCCUAGUCUAUUCUGCAUUUCAAUUUAUUCCUAUUUCUUCACAGAAUGAACCAAGCCCGAGACAUGAGAUCUGACAAAAGGAUCUGUUUCAGAAAAGGCUAUUGUUGCCUUAAGGACAGUGUAGUUCUUCCCCCCUGCCCCCAAACAAUUGAGAGUAAUUCCUAAUUAUUUUACAGAGGAUGAAAUGAAAAGGUUGAGGUCUCACGUAAUCUCUCUAAACCUUUUAUUUGAAUCUUAAACAUUUUCCUAUUCUGACUUUGUUGGAUUUGUAGAAUACUGAAGACAGGUCAAAACCAAAGAAAAGCAAACCUGUUCCUCUUGCACAGUUCAAUGCUUAAGAAUUGCUUUUUUGAGGAACCAUAUCCCUAUCUCUUUGAUCAUGUACCUCAGUGGGGUCCUAUGGCUUAAAGCAAGAACUGCUUUUAGACAAAAUCUUGGCAUUUUUUCCCUGCACUUAUCUUCUUUUGCAUCUAUUGUUGGACAAUAAGGUGAAUUGAGAUGGAAUGGGAUAUUCAGGAUCUGCUUUUUUCUUAAAUCAAUGACCAUAGGCAUUUUCUGUUGCAAUGAAAUUACUGAGACAAGGGCAAGCUCAGUUUUCACUUCCAAUAAAAUUUCAUAACCUUU